AGUACAGAGCUGAAGCAAGUAGCCAGAAGCAAGCCUCUGCGAUAGAGGGGGGAAGGCAGGAAUGCUCCAGAGUGGGAGCCAUUCCACUGAUCUCUUUUCAUUUUUGUGGCUUAGUUCUUUAAACCAGAAGAAGAGGGGUAGGGGAAGUUGAGGACUGACUCAGCACUUAGACAGCCCAGGCAUUAACAGUACCCUAUCACAGUCAGAUUCACUACACAGAACUUCAGGGAUAGAGAGAGGCAAAGGGGAGACUUUACAGCAUCGAGUUUAUUAAAAGAAAAAAAAAGAGGAGAAGGGGGGCACUGCUUCCUGUGAAAGCAACGUGGGCCCCGGCUAUAGGAGGGAUAGGAAGCAAUCCAGUUCCUUAUCCCCUCAGUCCAGGCAAAUAACUAAAUUCUUGGCAGCCUCUCUGCAGCAAGCUGUCAUAAAACACAUGUCAGCACAGCGCUAGAGCAAGAGCUAAAGAACUUCGGGAAAUAGAAACAGAUUCUGGCAGAAGCUUAACAGAGCGUCUUGCUGCAAGAAGAGGGAAUCAUCUUCCAGAAAGUGGGGCAGUUGGAUUUUUUUGUUGUUUAUAUAUAUAUAUAUAUAUAUAUAUAUAUAUAUAUAUAUAUAUAUAUAUAUAUAUAUAGAGAGAGAGAGAGAGAGAGAGAGAGUUCUGUCACCUUGCAUGAUGGCACAGCUUCGGAUCUCAGUCCUGAUUGGCCGGCUCACUGUGGUGAUCCUGGCUGUAAUUGGCUCGUCAGCACUGGCGGUGGUGGCACCCGCUACACGCUCGGAAAGACGGCAUCACCACCGGCUCCAGCACGGGCCCUGCAGCUACACUUUCCUCCUGCCCGAAGUGGAGCACUGCCGCCCUGCUCCGGAUUUCCACCUCUCCAACUCCCUGCAGAGAGAUUCUGCCUUACCCCCCGCAGCGGAGCAGCACUGGACAGCCAAGCGGCUGGAAGAGCUGGAGGGCGUGAUGGAGAACAACACCGAAUGGCUGCUGAAGCUGGAGAACUACAUCCAGGACAGCGUGAAGCUGGAGAUGGUGGAGAUGCAACGCACUGCCGCCCACAACCAGACCGCUGCCAUGCUGGAGAUCGGAACCAAUCUGCUGAGCCAGACUGCGGAGCAAACACGCAAACUCACUGACGUGGAGAUGCAGAUGCUUAAUCAGACCUCCAGGCUGGAGAUCCAGCUGCUAGAGAACUCCCUGUCCACCAAUAAGCUGGAGAAACAGGUCCUGCUGCAGACCCAGGAGAUCACAAAGCUUCAUGACAAGAACAGUUUCCUGGAGCAGCGGUUCGUGGCAAUGGAGGAGCGUCACAGCCAGGAGUUGCAGGGGCUCAAGGCAGAGAAGCUGCAGCUGCAGGACCUGGUGGCACGACAGAGCAGCUUCAUCACAGAGCUGGAGAGGGAGCUGGGCAGCGCCACCUCCAACAGCACCCUGCUGCAGAAACAGCAGGCUGCCCUCAUGGACACCGUGCAUCAGCUGCUUAGCAUGGUCAAUCAAUGCAACGAGAUCUCCAUGCCACCCAAGGAGGAAGUGCUCAGGUUUAAAGACUGCGCUGAGGUUUACAAGUCCGGGCUCAAGACAAGCGGAGUCUAUACACUGCAUUACCUGAACUCCACAGAAACAGUUAAGGUUUUCUGUGACAUGGAGACGAGCGGAGGAGGGUGGACGGUCCUACAGCACAGAAUGGACGGGGCAGUGGAUUUCCAUCGACCCUGGAAAGAUUACAAAACGGGCUUCGGGGAUCCCUAUGGAGAGUACUGGCUGGGAAAUGAUUUCCUCCACCAGUUGACGAGUAGUGGCGAGCACACCCUGCGUAUAGUUCUCAAAGACUGGGAGAACAACAAAGUGUACUCCCAGUACGACCACUUCCACACCGACAGUGAAGAGCGCAACUACAGGCUCCACGUGAAGGGCUUCAGUGGGACGGCUGGACGCACCAGCAGUUUAAGCCACUCUGGGACCGAGUUCAGCACCAAGGACAGAGACAAUGACAAGUGUGGCUGCAAGUGUGCCGAGAUGGCGACUGGAGGCUGGUGGUUUGAUGCCUGUGGUCCCUCCAACCUCAACGGGAUCUAUUACGCUGGCAACACCAACAUGGUCAGGUACAAUGGGAUCAAGUGGUACUACUGGAAAGGACCAAGCCUGAGCCUCAAAGAGACCACCAUGAUGAUCAAGCCUGUGGACUUCUGAAGUGUGAAGGGACUGGUUCUCUAACCUCUGGACCUUGUUAAUGAUCUGAGGAAGGUGCUGGGCUUUUGUGAAGAAUGGCAUGCACGAGUCAAAGCAGUGCAGAUGUGGACGUCAAGGGGUAUUUAAAAGGACAUUAUAUAACAGCGUGUCCACACUGAAAACUGGACUUUGAAUCAUCAUUCGAGCUUUUGUAGGAUGAUGGAGGGAUCCUGUGUAUGUAUUUCAAAUGUAUUAUUAUUAUUAUUAUUAUUAUCAUCAUCAUCAUCUAUGGCUCUGCUAUACUGUAACAGGGCUUUAACACCAGAAUCGCUUUAGCAACGCUAUCAUUUAGAUGGACUCCAGGUCUAAGUGCAGGGUACCUAGAAAUACAAGGAGAGCUUUGGGUUUAUCUUGGAUCAUUUCCUUAUUUUUAUUAGUGUUUAAACUUCAUAGCGAUAGAUCCUUUAUUCUGAACAUUUUGAGAUCCAGCCAUGCCAGAACAUUAUUCUAAUGUUUUCCUCAUUGGCUUUGUUUUUCGGGUUAGGCAGAGACUGAAUAAGAAUAUCUGUAAUUACUGGUUUUGAUUGAUUGAUUGAUUUUAUUAUUAUUAUUUUUUAACAUGCACUGCAGCUUCAGUAUUUCCAUGAAACAUCUGUACUGUCUCUGGUUUUUUUUUUAUUGCUGUAACUACCAAUGACGUAGAUCUUUAAUACUGACGUGCGGAGGAAAUCAUUCCAAUUUCUAAAGACAUUACAAUCUGAGGUUAUCCUAAAAAGGAGUGACCUUGGAAUACACACUUAGCUUGUUGCAACUAGAGAGCUCUAAUUUUAAAAAUAAAGAAAUAAAUCAUUGUAAA